ACGCAAGAGAGAGAGAAUAAGAUUAAAAAAAAAACUCGUUUUCUUGAUCAGAUUUGUUGAUGUUCAUCUAAAACUUAUAAACCUCUUGUUUUGUGUGUUUAUUAAUUUAAUUUUUUUACGUUUUGAGAAAAUGAAAUUCUGUAAGAAGUAUGAGGAGUACAUGCAAGGACAAAAGGAGAAGAAGAAUCUACCUGGUGUUGGAUUCAAGAAGCUCAAGAAAAUUCUCAAGAGAUGCAGAAGAAAAGAUCCUUCUCGUACUGCUUUAAACGAAUCAAUCAGUCAACAGCAUGGCAACACCUGUCCUCGUGAAUGUACAGUUUGUGAUGGAACUUUUUUCCCGGAGCUUCUCAAGGAAAUGGAAGAUGUUGUUGGAUGGUUUAACGAGAACGCUCAGAAGCUUCUUGAGUUACAUUUAGCUUCACGUUUCAAAAAGUGUCUUACUUGGCUCAAAGGCAACACUCGCAAAAGGAGGAGUCAUCUUGGUUUGAUCCAAGAAGGCAAAGACUUGGUUAGCUACGCUCUGAUCAACUCAGUAGCCAUUAGAAAAAUCCUCAAGAAAUACGACAAGGUUCAUGAGUCUAGCCAAGGACAAGCGUUUAAGACACAGGUCCAGAAAAUGCAUAUUGAAAUCCUUCAAUCACCAUGGCUCUGUGAGCUUAUGGCGUUUCACAUCAACCUGAAAGAAUCUCAGAAGGACUACUCUGGAGCUGUUCCUGCACUGUUUGAUGGUUGCUCUUUGGUGUUUGAUGAUGGAAAGCCUUUGCUUUCCUGCGAGCUUUCUGAUUCUGUAAAAGUUGACAUCGACUUGACUUGUUCAAUAUGCUUGGACACGGUGUUUGAUCCGAUAUCUUUGACAUGUGGUCACAUAUAUUGCUACAUGUGUGCUUGUUCUGCUGCAUCAGUAAACGUAGUUGAUGGCUUGAAAACUGCAGACCCGUCUGAAAAAUGCCCGCUUUGCCGUGAGGUUUGUGUUUAUAAAGGUGCUGUUCACUUGGACGAGCUCAGUAUCUUGCUUAAGCGAAGCUGCCGAGAGUAUUGGGAGGAAAGGCGUAAAACAGAGAGAGCAGAGAGGUUACAGCAAGCCAAGGAGUACUGGGACUACCAAUGCCGAAGCUUCACUGGAAUAUAACAACUUGAUUUGUGGCUUCUCAAGUGAGACAUAAGUACUUGAAGAUUCUUGGUUUUGAUUUAUUAUGAGCUAAUAAAAAACUCAAUAUUGAUUGUGAUCUGCUUUCCUCUGUGACUGUGAGUGUGAUUGCUUACAGAGUGACCAUUUGUUUGUGUAAUAGACUGAAACUCUAAAGCUUCUAUGGUAUUUUAAAAAUUUUGCAUGCG